CGGUAGUAUAUCCGCGUGUGUUAUUUUUUAUAAGACCACUCGAGUGGAUUUUUUUUUUUUUUUAAGUGCACUACACGUCUGUCUAGUAUUUUUGCUGUCGGAAAUUUCGUACGGUUGAACUCGGCGGCAACAACCCUAUGCCGCCGCUGCCUGAUAACUCGCUUAUCCGCCGCCACCGUAGUCAAGGGUCGUCCAGUAGAACCACCGCUGCUUAUAUAGAUGCGUGCUGUCGUCUCGAAGUAUAAUGACGUGCCUUACAAUAAUUCAUCUGUUACUACAAUAAUGCUAGUGUAGUUACGGCGUGGAAAUAGACUAUACGGAUGUGUUGUGGUGUACAACUAAGAGUUAUAUCAUCUUAGUCGCGGCCACAGGAAAUCCCAAUAAAAACAAUAACCGCGAUUGUUUGUGCAUCGAUUUUAUCAUGUUAACGUUAAGUCGCGGCAGAACGUCGGAAUGAUAUUGUCGUCGCCGCUGUCGUCUGUGCGCUGAUGGAGUCGCUGGAGCGAUGGAUGAGGGUAAGCGGUGGCGCUCCGACCCCGAGGAAUGGUGAGGUGGUCGCUGCCGGUGCCGCCGUCGGCCAGGCGCCAACGUUGACCGCCGCCGCCUUGCCGCCGCCCGGUGUCGCAGCGCUCGUACGCAAAGGUCGGCGCCAUCUGAGCGCCACUUUUUGCCUGUCCGGCGACACCAUGGAAGGAAUUAUUCAGUGCCUCGUCUUCCUCAAGGCCUUCUCGUUGGUUGGUGGCGAGUUCGACAUGGAAUUGAAUUUUAUCAUUCAAGACGCUCAAAACAUAAGACACAUGCUAGAGUUGCUGGACCAUUGUCCUCCAAAUUUACAGGCGGAAAUAUGGAGCGUUUUUAUCGCCAUCCUAAGGAAAUCUGUGAGAAACCUGCAGGCCUGCACCGAUGUCAGAUUAAUCGAGCUAGUAGUGAACAGGCUGGCAAAUGCCGACACCGUAGUAGCAGAUCUUUUAAUCGACAUGCUUGGAGUACUGGCCAGUUUCAGUAUUACAGUAAAAGAAUUAAAACUAUUAUUGGGUUCUAUGAAGGCUAUAAACGGAAAAUGGCCGAAACACUCGACGAAGCUUUUGAACGUUUUGCGACAAAUGCCUCAGAGAAACGGACCUGACGUCUUCUUUAGUUUUCCCGGCAAAAAAGGAUCAGCUAUCGUUUUACCUCCGCUGGCGAAAUGGCCGCACGAAAACGGUUUUACUUUUUGCACGUGGUUUCGAUUGGACCCGAUUAACUCGGUGAACAUAGAACGCGAAAAACCUUACUUGUACUGUUUUAAAACGAGCAAGGGCGUCGGGUAUUCCGCUCAUUUCGUCGGAAACUGUUUAGUGUUAACCUCGAUGAAGAUUAAAGGAAAGGGUUUCCAACAUUGUGUUAAGUACGAAUUUCAGCCUCGAAAGUGGUAUAUGAUAGCCAUAGUGUACAUUUAUAACCGGUGGACCAAAAGCGAAAUUAAAUGUGUGGUCAACGGGCAGUUGGCGUCUAGCACGGAAAUGGCGUGGUUCGUUUCCGCAAAUGAGCCGUUUGAUAAGUGUUAUAUUGGUGCGACACCGGAACUGGACGAAGACCGCGUGUUUUGCGGCCAAAUGUCGGCCAUCUAUUUAUUCAGCGAAGCAUUGACCACCCAACAGAUUUGUGCCAUUCACAGAUUAGGGCCCGGAUAUAAAUGUCAGUUCCGCUUUGACAACGAGUGCCAUUUGAGUUUACCAGAAAACCACAAAAGGGUGAGUGAAUUUAAGAGCUUGAGCCAAACCGCCCAAAGCCAGAAUGCAGACAAUUCUAGCAUGUCUCAGCACGCUGUUGAUCGUUCUGUUCUUUAUGACGGAAAAUUAUCGAACGCUAUAGUGUUCAUGUACAAUCCGGUAGCGACCGACAGUCAGCUGUGUUUGCAAUCGACGCCGAAAGGAAAUGCUUCAUAUUUCGUACACACACCACACGCGCUAAUGUUGCAAGACGUUAAAGCUGUCAUCACUCAUUCCAUUCACAGUACUCUGAAUUCCGUCGGCGGCAUACAGGUACUGUUCCCGUUAUUUGCUCAACUUGAUUUGUCUGCCGAACCGCUGGAUAAAAAGGACGCCUCCAUAUGCUGGAAACUACUAGGGUUUAUCUGCGACAUGGUGGAAACCUCACAGACCGUUCAACAGCAUAUGAUUCAAAACCGAGGCUUCCUCGUUAUCAGCUACAUGCUUCAGAGGUCGUCCCGUGAACAUCUGACUUUAGAAGUGUUGGGCUCGUUCUUACGGCUCACCAAACAUCUAGUCACUUGCCUCACACCCAACAACGAGUUAUUACUUAAACAGCUUCUAGACCACAUACUAUUCAACCCCGGUCUAUGGAUAUACACGCCCACUCACGUACAGACCAGACUAUACACUUAUUUGGCGACGGAGUUCCUCUCGGACACUCAGAUCUACUCCAACGUGCGGCGGGUAUCCACCGUGCUGCAAACCGUACACACCCUGAAGUAUUACUAUUGGGUGGUAAACCCUCGGAACAAAAGCGGUAUCGUGCCGAAAGGAUUAGACGGACCGAGGCCAGCUCAAAAAGACAUUCUCAUCAUCCGCGGAUACAUACUGUUGUUCCUCAAGCAACUGAUGAUGCUGGGGGUCGGUACGAAAGAAGACGAGCUCCAGAGCAUUAUAAACUACUUGACUACCGUUUGCGAAGACGAAAACUUACACGACGUUCUCCAAACGCUCAUGUCGCUCAUGUCGGAACAGCCCGCGUCAAUGAUACCGGCUUUCGACGUCAAACACGGUGUUCGGUGCGUUUUCAAAUUAGUCGCAUCCGAAAGUCAAUUAAUUCGACUUCAAGCGUUGAAACUUUUGGGAUUCUUCCUGAGCCGCAGCACGCACAAGAGAAAAUAUGACGUGAUGAGUCCAUUUAAUUUAUACACCCUUUUAGCAGAGCGAUUGAUGCUACAUGAAGAAACUAUAACGCUACCGACAUAUAAUGUACUCUACGAAAUUUUAACAGAACGUAUCAGCCAGCAGAUUCUCUACACAAGACAUCCGGAGCCCGACAGUAACUGCAGAAUGGAAAAUCCUAUGAUUCUCAAAGUCGUAGCCACUUUAAUCCGUCAAGCAAAACCAUCAGAACAACUGUUAGAAGUGAAAAAGAUAUUUUUAUCUGAUAUGACUAUCCUUUGUAGUAACAAUCGUGAAAAUAGAAGAACCGUACUGCAAAUGUCUGUUUGGCAGGAAUGGCUUAUUGCAAUGGCAUACAUCCACCCAAGAACGUGUGAAGAACAAAAAGUUUCCGACAUGGUUUACAAUUUAUUUACCAUGCUUCUUCAUCAUGCUAUUAAACACGAGUACGGUGGAUGGCGAGUAUGGGUCGAUACACUGGCAAUUGUUCAUUCAAAGGUUUCUUUUGAAGAGUUUAAACUUCAGUUUGCUUUAAUGUAUGAACAUUACGAACGUCAACGCAGCGAUAACAUAACUGAUCCUCGGUUGCGACAACAACGUCCAAUUAGUACUAUAUCUGGUUGGGAAAAUCAGCCUCCAGCGCCGCCCAUUAAUCAUUCUCCGUCCGAAAGUCCAGAAUCAGUUGCGAGUACUCCAGUGAAAGAUACACAAACACUGAUAAAUGGCGAUAAAAAUAUAUUAGAGUUACCAGAGUUACCAAAUAAUGAUAUUCGUUUAAUGGAAUGUGAUGGGAAAGACCAAAAAUUAGAAGUAGAAACAGAUAUAAAACGCCAUGAAGAAUCUACCGAAAAUGAUGGAAAAUUAGAUGAGAUUUCUAAUAAGAAAGACCACAAAGAAGACAAGUCGGUGAAAGAAAUUUUCAUCGAGAAUAUAGAAACAAAACAAGACAUUAACAAUAAAAAUGACUCAGAAGAAAACAUUGACAACUCUCAUAACACAUUAGAAGAAACAGAAAUUGAUGUUAAAAAUAAUCUUAACCAAAACGAGAAUAUAGAUCUACAAAUAGAAAAAGAUAGAGAAAAUAAUGAAGUAGAAACAUUGAAUGGUUGUUGUACACAACAAAAUGAACUAACAGUAGAAGUGACUGAAAAGGGUGAAACAGCAAUAGAUGAAAAAGUUCAUCAAGAUGAAGAAUCUGUUGAAGAACCUGUACUUAUAAAUAGUAAAAUAUCUUCCAUAUCUAGUUUGGACAACGAGCAAAUUGUUGCAAGUAAAUUAGAAAAUGACCUACAACCAAAUGCACUUGCUGCAAUUACUUCUACUGAACAAUUGUUGAAUAGUAUCAACACAAUGUUAAAUGAAAAUGAAGAAUCUGCCAUUAUUGAGAACGGAACUGACAAUGACAUUUCUAUAGUUUCCAGUAGCUCUGAAAAUAAUAAAGAAAUAAAUAACAAGUUCAACGGCAAAGUAGCUAAUCAAGACAGUAUUAGUAACAGCAGUGAUAGUGAAACCACACCAAUUACAGAAUCUUCACCAAACAAAGUACUUAACGAUAGAACUAAUGAAGAACGAGAUGUCGACCAAUCAAUAUCUGUAUUUACUAUACAAACUUGUGAUAAUGUCGACAGUGACUGUUCAGAAGCAUAUUUGACGCCAAGUGACCUAAACGACACACCAAAAAAAAUGAAUGAGAAAAAUUUUACCCAAACUGGUCCAAUCAGUAUUAUUCAUGCAGACGAUUCAAAUAUGCCCAUAGAGCAUAAUAGCAAUCUUGAAACCUCGUCCGUGAACCCUAUCGAUACAAAUUUAGAUAACACAGAUAUAGUUGAGUGUGUUACAAACAUCGAAAUAGUUGAAAAUAAAAGUACAAUUGUGAGUAAUGAAAAUAACGAACAAAUUGAUCUUCAAACCCACAAAGAAAAUGUUUCAGAAGUUUCAGAAAAAAAUAUUGAACUGACUAAAAUUUCAGACAAAGUUGUUAGUGAUAUAAAAUCAGCUGAAGUUAAUACCGUGGAAGGAGAAACAGAUGAGAAGACUAAAAAGAAGCCAGCCGCCCCAAGUGUGGAUUCACGACCUAUGUUCAAUCCAGGUCCUUCGAGACCCCCGUUUAGAAUACCGGAAUUCAAAUGGUCUUACAUUCAUCAAAGACUAUUAUCUGACGUUCUGUAUUCCCUCGAAUCCAACAUACAAAUUUGGAGAGGUCAUUCUACAAAAUCUGUACUGGAUUUUGUUAAUGGUUCUGAAAACGCAAUAUUUGUUGUCAAUACUGUUCAUUUGAUCUCUCAGCUAUCAGAUAAUCUAAUCAUUGCAUGUGGCGGGCUGUUACCAUUACUUGCGUCGGCCACAUCACCCAAUAGUGAAUUAGACAUUAUGGAACCUACCCAAGGAAUGACUGUUGAAGUAGCUGCAUCGUUGUUACAACGACUUGUGAACAUGGCUGACGUACUAGUAUUUGCUAGUUCACUGAAUUUUUCCGAAUUGGAAACUGAAAAAAACAUGUCCAGUGGUGGAAUACUUAGACAAUGUCUACGUUUGGUUUGCACAAAUGCAGUACGUAACUGUUUAGAAUGCAAAGAGCGCAGCCGCCUUUUAGUUUUACCGUCACAGCCAAAUAAUCCAAAACAACUGCACCUACAAUCUCUCAUACGAGCUGGCCAGUCUUCGCCAAAAAGUUUGAUUGAUGGAUCAACUAAUCCGAUACGUGAUCCAGAGAAAUUACUACAGGAAAUGGAUAUUAAUCGUCUACGUGCAGUUAUUUAUAGAGAUGUGGAGGAAACCAAACAAGCUCAGUUUCUGUCACUAGCUAUUGUGUAUUUUGUAUCAGUUCUGAUGGUAUCGAAAUAUAGAGAUAUACUUGAACCUCCAACAACUUCAAUGCAGGUGCACGGAAGCACGCCGGCCAACAACCAAGCGCCAACCGAAAGCCCAACAAAUUGUCAUGGUACAAGACCAUUGUUCCCUCAAUGGUCUCAUCAUGUAUAUCCCCAAUUCUUACCUCCGUCGCAUUCAAUAGAUCCACAAAUGCCCCGUAACUUCAGCCAUCGCAACAUAAUGUCACAUUACGCUGCGCCCUCGUUAGGACAUCAAGAUGAGGAAGAUUACACUGUAAUGGCGUCAAUGGAUAAUAUAGAUCAUUCUUCACAGCCGUCAAAUAACGCUUGUAAUAAGAGUGUUUGUUCGGAAGAACUAGCAUCUACUAGCUCGCAAGCAUGUAGUGAUGCCGACAGUAAUGAUACUGAUAACAAAGCCAGUACAAUAGUGUCAGCUCAAAAUGAAGAAGCGUGGACUGACGUUAAUCUCAAUGAAGAUUCUCAAUCAAACAACGAAGAUGGCAGACGAAUUCACAGAGAUGUAAGAGGAGAUAAGCCGUUAAGUGAAAUAUCUGUUGUAAAUGUUCCUGCACCUACUACUCAGAAUGUUAAUGUGCAAAAUCCCGGACAUAAUGUUGAAGAUUUUAGUUUAAAGAAUGUUAAUUUACCACAUCAAACACACGUUCCUAAUAGAGAAGCAUCAUUGACAAAUAAGUUGGAAGCUGCACUCGGGUCUGUGUGUCCAUUGUUACGUGAGAUCAUGGUGGAUUUUGCUCCAUUUUUAUCGAAAACAUUGGUUGGGUCCCACGGUCAAGAAUUACUAAUGGAAGGAAAAGGUUUGACAACUUUUAAAAAUAGUCAAUCAGUGGUGGAACUUGUAAUGUUGCUGUGUUCUCAAGAAUGGCAAAAUUCAUUACAGAAACACGCCGGUCUCGCUUUUAUAGAACUUAUAAAUGAAGGGCGAUUACUGUCACAUGCUAUGAAGGAUCAUAUUGUUCGCGUAGCCAAUGAAGCCGAAUUUAUAUUGAACAGGAUGAGAGCGGACGAUGUACUUAAACAUGCAGAUUUUGAAGCUCAAUGUGCUCAAACUACAUUAGAACGCCGAGAGGAAGAAAAAAUGUGUGACCAUUUGAUAACAGCUGCCAGGCGACGCGACAGUGUUGUUGCAAGUCGUAUCUUGGAUAAAAUCUGUAAUAUUCUCUCAAACAAGCAUGGUGCUUGGGGUUAUUUACGCGAAAACGUUCCCACGAGAAUGUCUCAAUUUUGGAAAUUGGAUGUUUGGGAAGAUGAUGCCAGACGCCGCAAACGGUUUGUUCCCAAUCCAAAAGGAACAACUCAUCCAGAAGCUACGUUAAAAGCGGCUUUGGAACACGGCGCUCCUCAAGAUGCUAUACUUCAGGCUAGAGAAGAAGUUUUCCAUGCACAGUUAGUAGCCAUGAGCACACAAAGUGGGCCGGGUGGUCAGUCGUCUGAUUUGCUUGACGAUUCAGAACUUAUGACUGAUGACAGAGAACUGGACGUUGACCUAACGGGCCCUGUGAAUAUCAGCACCAGAGCUUCGUUGAUCUCGGCCGGAGUCGUUGCACCUGGGAUUGUUAGCAUAACGUCGGCAGAACUCUAUUUUGAAGUGGACGAAGACGAUCCAGAAUUCAAAAAACUCGAUCCCGAGGUGCUGAAAUAUUGCGACCACUUGCAUGGAAAAUGGUACUUUUCCGAGAUCAGAGCAAUAUUUUCAAGGCGUUACUUGUUGCAGAACAUAGCUAUUGAAAUAUUCAUGGCAAGUCGAACAUCGGUCAUGUUUUCAUUCCCUGAUCAGAACACAGUGAAGAGAGUUAUAAAAGCAUUGCCAAGAGUGGGAGUCGGUAUCAAAUAUGGCUUACCGCAAACUAGACGAGCAUCUAUGAUGUCCCCAAGACAGCUGAUGAGAAAUUCGAACAUGACUCAAAAAUGGCAGCGCAGAGAGAUAUCAAAUUUCGAAUACCUGAUGUUCCUGAACACCAUUGCAGGAAGAACAUACAACGAUUUAAAUCAAUAUCCGGUAUUUCCUUGGGUGUUGACAAAUUACGAAUCAACCGAGUUGGAUUUGGGUCUUCCGUCCAACUACCGUGACCUGUCUAAACCGAUUGGUGCGUUAAAUCCGAGUAGAAAAGCAUACUUCGAAGAACGAUUUAGCUCAUGGGAAAACGAAUCCAUUCCACCAUUCCAUUACGGUACCCACUACUCUACCGCAGCAUUUGUGUUAAAUUGGCUGAUUCGAAUUGAACCGUUUACAACAAUGUUUUUGGCUUUACAAGGUGGAAAAUUCGACCAUCCCAAUCGGUUGUUUUCGUCCGUAGCUCUGUCUUGGAAGAAUUGUCAAAGGGACACUUCUGACGUUAAGGAAUUGAUUCCCGAGUUAUUCUUCUUGCCCGAAAUGCUAUCCAAUGACAAUGAAUACAAACUGGGCCAUCAAGAAGAUGGCACGCCCGUCGGCAACGUCGAUCUUCCACCUUGGGCCACGUCUCCAGAAGAAUUCAUUAGAAUCAACAGAAUGGCUCUGGAAUCUGAAUUUGUAUCCUGUCAACUUCAUCAGUGGAUCGAUUUGAUUUUUGGAUACAAGCAGAGAGGACCGGAAGCCGUAAGAGCGUCAAAUGUUUUUUAUUAUUUGACAUACGAGGGCAGUGUAGACAUGGAUACUAUUACUGAUCCUAUAAUGAGAGAAGCUAUCGAGAACCAGAUACGCUGUUUCGGGCAAACGCCAUCGCAGCUGUUGAUGGAACCGCAUUUGCCUCGAAGCUCAGCCAUGCACAUUUCGCCAAUGAUGUUCACAAGUAUUCCCGAUGAUGUGUGCAUGACCAUGAAGUUCCCGUCCAACUCUCCAAUAUGUCACAUUUCGGCCAACACAUUCCCUCAAUUACCAAUGCCUGCCGUUGUUACAGUUACCACUAACAUGCAAUUUGCCAUAAACCGAUGGAACACAAAUUAUUCGGUGACUAUUCAAUCGCCUAGCUAUGCGGAUAGUCCUCAACAACCUAAUGUUAACCUACCGCUCGUCAUGGACCAGAUUUUAACUCAAUCAAAUAACAAUUCCAGCGUGACAUUAAGACGUCAUCUUGGCGACAAUUUCAGUCAAAUGUUGAAAAUCAAAUGGAACUGUUUUGUCACGACCGUCGACAGUCGUUUUCUAAUUGUUUGUGGAUUUUGGGAUAAUAGUUUUAGGGUUUUUUCAACAGAAACUGCAAAAAUCAUCCAAAUUGUAUUCGGUCAUUACGGCGUUGUGACUUGCUUGAGCCGUAGUGAAUGUAACAUAACAUCAGAUUGUUAUAUUGCUAGCGGGUCUACCGAUUGUACGAUAUUGCUGUGGCACUGGAACGCCAGAAGUCAGACUAUAGUCGGCGAAGGCGACAAUCCCACUCCAAGGGCUACGCUGACAGGUCACGAGCAACCUGUAACUUCAGUGGCUAUAUCUGCUGAACUAGGAUUAGUGGUUUCCGCAUCAUCGAGUGGCCCAGUUUUGAUUCACACGACAUUUGGUGAUUUAUUACGAUCGUUGGAUCCGCCCAACGGAUUCGAAAAUCCCGAAUGUGCUGUUAUGUCUCGAGAAGGUAUUAUAGUCGUGAAUUACGAACACGGAAGUAUAGCAGCGUAUACAAUAAACGGAAAACGACUAAGACAUGCUACACACAAUGAUAAUAUUAGAUGCAUGUUGCUGAGCAGAGACGGAGAAUAUUUAAUGACAGGCGGCGAUAAAGGCAUCGUUGAAGUAUGGAGAACGUUCAAUUUGUCCCUUUUGUAUGCUUUUCCAGCUUGUGACAGUAGUGUACGAUCAUUAGGACUCACGCACGACCAAAAGUUCUUAUUAGCCGGAUUGUCAACAGGAUCUAUUGUGAUAUUCCAUAUUGACUAUAAUAGAUGGCAUCAUGAAUUCCAACAGAGAUAUUGAAUACCAAUAUUGAUUGUUUCAGAUUUAUUUUUAAUUAUUUUAUUCAAUAACUAACUUUUUUUUUUUUAUUAAGUCAGAGCUCAAUGAAUAAUAAAGUUAGGUAGGGACAUGCAAUAACUUGUCACUCCCAUAGCUCAUUGCUAGCCGGGGGAAAUUAUUUAACGUGGCAUUCAAUAUAUAGUUUGACAUGUAUAUGCUCAUUAAUGGUUGUUAAUAGUAAUAAUUAUUUUAAAACAAGAUUUUGACGUUACCACUUUCUUUUGUGUAAUUAACUGUAAAUGAUUUAUACAGUACUUAUUCUAAGAACUAUUCAUUUUGCGAUAUCUAUAUUUUUGUUCCAGUAUUUAUAAAAACAAUUGAUAAAACGGUUCAUUAUUACGCAUAAAAUAAAUUAUAUUCGUGAGUUUUUUUCUUUGGUAAUAGUAAUCAUGCCUAGUGUAUACUGGGUGCUGGGUAGUGACUACACAAAUUUUAAAAUACAAUACAAUUUCUUAUUAUUUUUUUUUCUUUUAUAUAUAAAAUAUUGUAUUUCUGUUAUUGAAUUUAGCGUGCUUAUGCAUCAAAAUCUCAUUGUGUUGUCUGAAUAGUGAUUUAUAAAACUUAGUUUUACAUGUUUAGAUAAUAUGAAAUAAGCAUAUAGAAUGGGCAAUUUUUAAUCUUAAUUAAUAAUAACUAAUAAAGUGAUUCUUCAAAUUUGUCAAGACAUUCCCUUUUAAACACUCUAAUCCAUUCCUUUAGAAAUUAUGUAUAUUUUACAUAUAUUAACAAUUGUUAUUGUGAUAAAUUUUCAACAAAUUCCAAGCUAAUUAAUAGAAAGCCAAUUAUUUCUUGCAUUUUCAGUAUACAAAUAUUGUAUAUGCAAUAAAUGUAUAUUGGGUGUUUGCUUGUGCUAUUAAUUAUGCAGUUAUUGUGAUUCGAUAAUGUAUGAGUAUUAAAAAACCAGUGUUUAAAAUAAAUGUGUUUUAUUGUUCACAUUUAAAUUGGUAAAUUUUUGGUAUAUAAAUAUGUUAGUUUAAUAUUAUAACAAGUAGUAUUUUUCAAAAGUAUUAAUUGCUUAUCAUCAGUAUUUACCUUUCUUAAAAUUGAAAAAAAUUUGUAUAAUAUUUUAUAUUUAUAAAUUAUUAUUAUAAAUACAGUAAGUUAAUUGAAUUAUUGUGAUAUAACAAAAAUACAUUUGUAUUUUGUCCACAUAUAAUUAUUAUAGAAAUUACGAUUAAUAAGAUAGCAAUGAAAUGUGCUAUGUAAAGUUAUGCCAGUCACAUUAGUCCGCCCUACGAGGAAUUUAUUUUAGACUCAUUCAUGCUCAUCAAUAACAAGUCUGUUUUGUGUUACAUAUUUUGAUCAUAAUAAUUUGUACGUUUAUUGCAAGUAACCGAGGUUGUGGCCUGUUUGUUAUUCAAAUUAAAAAAAAAUAAAAACCUUUAAAAAAAAAAAACUUUUGGCCAUAAAUAGUGUUGUUAGAUAUUUUGUCAAUUUCUUUAUAACAAUUAAGUACUUAUUAUUAUUAUUAUUAUUAAGUUUGUUAAAUCAAUCAAAACUUUUUAGGUAUUUAAAUAAAUUUGAUUUCAUGGUUUGAAAUUGAAAUGGCACUUAUAUGGAUGAUAAUUUAUUGUUAUAUCGGUUCAAUGCAUUUUUAACAUUAUCAAUUUUUGAAUUGUUUUCGAAGAGAUAGCUAUUACAAAACGUGACAUAGCAUUUGUUUUCUUAUGUGUUACGCUUUUGAGAGAAUUUAUUUGUAUUUGAUUUAUUUAUUAUUCAUUACUUUAUUAAUUAUAUUAAUAACUAUAAACAAUUACUACAAUUUACGUGCAAUAU